AUGGUCAACUCCUGUUGUGGCUCCGUCUGCUCUGACCAGGGCUGUGGCCAGGAGACUUGUUGCCGCCCCAGCUGCUGCCAGACCACCUGCUGUAGGACCACCUGCUGUCGCCCCAGCUGCUGUGGCUCCAGCUGCUGCCAGCCUUGCUGCCGCCCCACCUGCUGCCAGACCACCUGCUGCAGGACCACUUGCUGCCGCCCCAGCUGCUGUGGUUCCAGCUGCUGCAGGCCCAGCUGCUGCAUCUCUAGCUGCUGCCGGCCCUGCUGUGGGGGUUCCAGCUGCUGUGGCUCCAGCUGCUGCCAGCCUUGCUGCCGCCCCACCUGCUGCCAGACCACCUGCUGCAGGACCACCUGCUGCCGCCCCACCUGCUGUGUGUCCAGCUGCUGCCGCCCCUGCUGUGGGGGUUCCAGCGGCUGUGGCUCGAAUUGCUGCGGCUCCAGCUGCUGCCAGCCUUGCUGCCGCCCCACCUGCUGCCAGACCACCUGCUGCCGGACCACCUGCUGCCGCCCCACCUGCUGUGUGUCCAGCUGCUGCCGCCCCAGCUGUUGCUAG